AUGUCAUCAGCACACAACGAUGUCACAGUGCAGAGAAUUUACAUCGGCUCCAUGGAAAUCAGCAACCAGCGAUUCCUGCCAGAGCAUGAAGAUCCCAGCAGCUCAGAGUUUACUCAGCUGGCCGCUCAAGUCAGCCAACAGCUGAAACUGAUUUACUCCAAAGACUCAGUGCUGGCCAAAUACUUCAAGCGCAACACCGUCCAGGCCUUCAGUGAGGGUGACAGUGGUGAUGACAGCAUUGUGGUGUAUUAUGAGUCGGAGUUUGAUGUCCCCGUCCCUCAGCAAACCACUGUGGAUCAAGCCAUUGAAUCUCUGGAGCCUCCAGCAGAAAGUGAAUGGAGCCAACAGGGACAAGGCUUGCUGAAAGCCAGUGACAACCUGAACAUCAGCAAUAUCAUUUCACAAGAGAGGAAGUUCUUCGACAUCCAUGUCAGACACCCUGGAUUUGUUCAUUCUCCGGGGUUUCCAGACUAUCCUUAUCCUCCAAAUCUCAACUUGCAGUGGAGGCUUCGGGCGGACCCCGGCAACAGAGUCUGGCUCAACUUCCACAGUCUGAUCUUGGAGAAUGACUGUCAGCAUGACUUCAUCAAAGCCUAUGAUUCACUGGCCCCCAUAGAGAGACGUGCUCUGACAGAACAGUGUGGAGACUCUCAAAAGUCAUUGUCCUUCAUCUCCUCUGGAAACGUCAUGUUACUGACGCUGGUCACAAAUGAGGAGAUAAACUUCGCUGGCUUCGAAGCAAACUACUCCCAGAUUCCUGUGACUAAACUAAAUUGUGGUGGCACGCUGACUGAAGACAAAGGCUCGUUCUCUUCACCAUUUUUCCCCUCUAAUUACCCUCCAAGCACAUCAUGUGUCUGGAACAUUGAGGUUGCAAAGGAAAAAUUUGUGAAGGUUGACUUCAAAAAGUUCUUUGUGGGAAAUCAAAGUGAGCAUUGCCCCCAUGAUUAUGUUGACAUCAACGGUGAAAGGCUGUGUGGCAAUGGCUUAAACACCAGACUGAUCACCAUCAAAAGCAACAAGGUGACCAUUACGUUUAACUCGGACUCCUCCUAUGUUGACCAGGGUUUCACUGCCGAGUAUGAGGCCUUCAUCCCAACUGACUCUUGUCCGGGAAGGUUUCAGUGCAACAACACCCUGUGCAUCAGCAAGAUUUCUCAAUGUGAUGGCAGGAACGACUGUGGGGAUAACAGCGAUGAGAUCAACUGCAAACAUGGUGAGGGUGGGAGGAGGGAGGUUCACGCGCUUCAGGAGUCUCAGGAAGUGGAGGCGCUGCUGGGCCUUUUUUGUGAUGGAGGCGGUGUUGGUGGUCCAGCUUGUCCGGGAAAGUUCAAGUGCAGCAACAAUCUGUGCAUCAAGAAGACUCUGCAGUGUAACGGCAGGGAUGACUGUGGAGACAACAGUGAUGAGCUCAACUGCACUUCAGUGUGCUCAGCAUUCACCUUCCACUGCAGUAAUGGACUCUGCAUCAGUAAACUGAACCCAGAGUGUGAUGGAGAGCAGGACUGUGAGGACGGCUCUGAUGAGGCUAACUGUGAUUGCGGGACGAAUCUGUACAGGAGCACUCGUAUUGUGGGAGGUCAGGCAGCUAGUGUUGGUGAGUGGCCCUGGCAGGUGAGCCUCCACUUCAAGGGUCUCGGACACGUAUGUGGAGCCUCUCUUCUGAGUGACCGCUGGCUGCUGACUGCUGCCCACUGCGUCCGAGACACUACAGUUUACAAGCUCUCUCACACUGACCAAUGGGAGGCCUUUUUAGGCCUUCAUGUGCAGAAUCAGACCAAUGAGUGGACAGUAAAGAGGGGUGUGAAGCAGAUCAUUGCUCACAGGUACUACAACAGCUACACUGAAAACAAUGACAUCGCUCUGAUGGAGCUGGACACCAGAGUCAGCCUAACCCAGCACAUCAGACCCAUCUGCCUGCCUUCCUCCACCUACUACUUCCCAUCAGGCCAAGAGGCUUGGAUCACCGGCUGGGGGACUACCAUGGAAGAUGGUGUCGCGGCGAGUGUCCUCCAGAUGGCAGAAAUUCUGAUCUUCAGCAGUCGGUUGUGUAAUCUCCUCCUGUAUUACAGGGUCACAGAUAACAUGUUAUGUGCCGGAUUCCUUUCAGGAGGCGUGGAUAGCUGUCAGUUUCCUGGCAGGCGUGACGAGCUGGGGCAAAGGCUGUGCUCUAAGUUACAGACCUGGUGUCUACACCCGAGUUACCAAAUACCGCAGCUGGAUAAAAGAGAAAAGUGGAGUGUAGCAGCAGGACGGCCUCAGUCAGUACGGAUCGGGAACUGCACCUCCAGCACCACCACACUGAGCACUGGGGCCCCACAAGGCUGUGUGCUCAGUCCUCUGCUGUUCACACUGCUGACUCAUGACUGUGUAGCAACACACAGUUCAAAUCACAUCAUUAAGUUCGCUGAUGACACGACCGUGGUGGGUCUCAUUAGCAAGAACGACGAGUCAGCGUACAGAGAGGAAGUGCAGAGGCUAACGGACUGGUGUAAAGACAACAACCUGUCUCUGAAUGUUGACAAGACAAAAGAGAUGGUUGUUGACUUUAGGAGGACACGAGGCGACCAUUCACCGCUGAGCAUCAAUGGCUCCUCUGUGGAGAUUGUCGACAGCACCAAAUUCCUGGGCGUCCACCUGGAGAAAGACCUCGGCUGGUCCCUCAACACCAGCUCCCUGCACAAGAAAGCCCAACAGCGUCUCUUCUUUCUGAGAAGACUGAGAAAGGCCCAGCUUCCACCACCGAUCCUGAGCACCUUCUAUAGAGGAACUAUCGAGAGCAUCCUGAGCGGCUGCAUCACUGUCUGGUUUGGGAACUGUGCCAUAUUCCGCAAGACCCUACAGCGGAUAGUGGGAACAGCAGAGAAGAUCAUCGGGGUCUCCCUCCCCUCUAUUGAGGACAUCUACACCACACGCUGCAUUCGCAAAGCCACCAGCAUUGUGGCUGAUUGGACACACCCCUCUCACACACUCUUCACACUCCUGCCAUCUGGAAAAAGGAUGAAGGUGUGGAUAGGAGUCACCCUGCUGAUAGCAGUCGCUAUUCUGCUUGCGAUGAGUCAAAUGCUGCCCUGGCCCUUUCACUUACACAACAAUGUCACAGUGCAGAGAAUUUACAUCGGCUCCAUGGGAAUCAGCAACCAGCGAUUCCUGCAAGAGCAUGAAGAUCCCAGCAGCUCAGAGUUUACUCAGCUGGCUGCUCAAGUCAGCCAACAGCUGAAACUGAUUUACUCCAAAAACUCAGUGCUGGCCAAAUACUUCAACCGCAACUCCGUCCAGGCCUUCAGGUACUGUGAAACAGAAACUUGA